AAAAACUUUCAGGGGAAGACUUUCUGAAAUGUUUUGCUUGGAAUUGAAUUUUUAAUUAAUUAUACGAUAAAGUAGCGUUUUUUCGAAUCUGUGCCAGUUUAAUUAUUAUUAUACAGCUUAAUUAAGUAAUAAAUAUCAAGUGAAAGAUGAGUUCUAGUGGUGGAUCUGUUUGGGUCAAGUUCUUUACUAAUGCUGGAAUUCCAAGUCCUACAAAUGCGACUUAUGCGCAUAUAUUUAUGGAAAAUCGAAUUCAAUUGGACAUGUUGAGUGAAUUAAAUACAGAUAAUCUAAAAGAGAUGGGAAUUAAACCAAUGGGUGAUAUUAUAAGCAUAUUGAGACAUGCAAAGUCAGUAAAUGAUCAGUCUCUUCGCGAUAGAAUUCUUGCAUCACAACCGGAACCACACAAAACUAUUGUCAAAGUACGUCCAGCUUCUCCAGUAUCCUCAUCGACUAUUACAUCAAUCGCUGUAGCACCAAGAAGAGUCUUGCCUGAACAUGAAGGAAAAUACAAAGUGUCACUUCCAAAAGGUUUCACAAAGAAGAGUCGCGAAAUCUUGGCCAAACAUUCAGCUAUGCAAAUGGACAAGGUUGAACAUAAAAAGUCGGUAUUCGAUCGUCUAAGACCAUCAUCAAAUUCACAUGAUAUUGAAAUGGCAGAUAGUACAUCCAGUGACAGCAUUGUAAGAGUUAGCAAAGUAUCAUCAUCAAUAUUUAAUAGAUUAGGCGGAUAUGACGAGAUUAGAAAGUCAGUGAACGAGAAGUCUGUUGCAUUUUCUGGCAUUUUAAAGAACUCUCCAACGAAGCAGUCACCAAAAGGCGUUGUAAAGCACAGAGUAAGUACAAAAAUCAUAUUGAACAAGCCAGCACCACGACACAUGGAUACCGAUGAAUCUGAGGAUUCUGAAGAGAAAAUGGACUCUGAUGACUACAAGCAAGUAAAGUUUUCACCAGAAGUAGAAGUCCUUGAAAUUGAACCGAGGAGACAAAUUGUAUUUAAUGCAAAGAAAUUAAAUCGCAUUAAAGGUUUAAGAACAGACGGAAUUAAAAACAGACUCGGUGAGAUAAAAUUCAAUCGAACUAUAGAUCCACGACAGCAUUUACAUUCAGUUAGACAAACAGUCAAUAUGAAACCUAAAAUCUCACCAGUCAAGAAUAGUAAAAUGCGAGCAGAUCAAUCACCAAAAUCAGCAAAAUCAAGACUAGAUUUAAAAGCAAAUUUUAAGAAUUUAAAGCUUGGCAAUAAGAAUGGCAAUAGCACUGCUAAGCCUUCAAGCGUAUUUAAUAGAUUAGGCGUUAAGAAAUAAAUGGAUAUUCAAUUCAUCACUUUAAUUAAAUUACUUUACCUCAGACUAAGUAAAUUUGUAAAAUAAAAUUAAAUAACAUUUCAUUUGACUGAAAUAAAAGAAAAAAUAACGAUUUAAAUUGAA